GCGUUCUCAGGUCGGGACCGGGCGCUGACGGCCGCCUCCCGCCGCGCCGUUACUCAGCACAGCUGGCGCCCCCACAUCCCGCCGACCCGGCAGUCGGGAGAGCGCGGGGCCGCCGAGCGGAGCGCCAGGUGCAGUGCCUUUGAGUCGCUGCUGAGGACUUCGGCGGAACCCUUUUCCGACGCGGACCCCAGAGGAGUUAAUUUAGUUCCCGCCAGCUUGGUUAAAUUUAUUCCUUCAGCUUCUGCUAUUGAGGGUGGGAGUGGCGCUGGCCUCAACAUUACUCUCAGACUAGAAGAUGAAUAAUCUUUCCUUUAGUGAACUGUGUUGCCUGUUCUGUUGUCCACCAUGCCCAGGGAAAAUUGCCUCUAAGCUGGCAUUCUUACCUCCUGAUCCCACAUACACACUGAUGUGUGAUGAGAGUGGCAGUCGCUGGACUUUGCAUCUCUCAGAGCGAGCAGACUGGCAAUAUUCUUCUAGAGAAAAAGAUGCCAUUGAGUGCUUCAUGACUAGAACAUGUAAAGGCAACAGGAUUGCGUGUAUGUUCGUGCGUUGCUCACCUAACGCCAAGUACACUUUGCUUUUCUCACAUGGAAAUGCUGUUGACCUGGGUCAGAUGAGCAGCUUUUAUAUAGGACUGGGUUCACGGAUUAAUUGCAACAUAUUCUCCUAUGAUUAUUCUGGAUAUGGUGCAAGUUCUGGGAAGCCUACAGAGAAGAAUUUGUAUGCUGACAUUGAUGCUGCUUGGGUGGCUCUUAGAACAAGGUAUGGAAUUCGCCCUGAAAAUGUGAUUAUAUAUGGCCAGAGUAUAGGCACAGUACCAUCUGUGGAUCUUGCUGCUAGGUAUGAAAGUGCUGCUGUAAUUCUUCACUCUCCACUGACCUCAGGAAUGCGAGUAGCUUUUCCUGACACAAAGAAGACAUACUGCUUUGAUGCAUUCCCGAACAUUGACAAAAUUUCUAAAAUAACAUCUCCUGUCUUAAUAAUCCAUGGAACUGAAGAUGAAGUAAUUGACUUUUCACAUGGCCUGGCAUUAUUUGAGCGUUGCCAGAGACCUGUAGAACCACUGUGGGUAGAAGGAGCGGGCCAUAAUGAUGUGGAACUCUAUGGUCAGUACCUUGAAAGAUUAAAACAGUUUGUGUCACAGGAACUGGUGAACUUGUAACUUUCAUUGUGUAUUUACAUGUUUUUUUCAUUUCACUGCAGAACUGCACACUUUGAUAAAUGUUUAACUUAAAACCUGAAUGUUGUGUUUUCAAAUCAUCUUGGUUGCCUUCAUUAAAUCUACAAGUAAUGAUUUGUCAACAUAAUUAAUGAAGGUUUUAAUGUCAGCAUUAUAAACUGGAAUUACAUGAUCAUGCAGUCAGACUUGGCAGUUCAUAUUUCUUUGUGUGAGGUUUUUUCUCUUAGAUGUAAAGAAAAAAAUCACAAGGAGUACUGUAAGAAAAUUUAAUUAUAUAAAACCAAAUGCUGUAAAAGUGUUACCAAGUGCUUUAGCAUAUCAAAACCAAGUUUAUAAAUAUUUUUUAAACAUCUCAAAGUGUACUGUGACUUACUCUAUUGCACAGGUGUAAUUAAAAAAUUGCCUUCUAAACUGUUGUUCUGUAAAAAUGUAAUAGCCAUGAAAUCUGAACAAAUACUAAUGUAUGUAAUGAGAAUAAACAGUCACUGGAAAUUACUCAUGCCGUGUUACAGGGAGAGGGGGACAAAAUAGAUAUCUUUUCCUAUAUUUUUCAUUUCUUUUGUGCUUAGUUUUCCUUUAGUUAUUUUGUACUCAUAUUGUCUCUUAGCUUUCAGGAUAAUAAAAUGUAUUCGCUCAUGUUCUCAGGAGCCCUAAUCUUGCCAAAAUUAUUCCAUAAAUUAUCAUUGUUGUAAUGCAAGUAUCAUUCACAUGAUUGCUACUGAGGCCACAAAAUACCUCUUUGAAACCAGACUUAAAAUCUGGAAGACUUCUUGAACCAUGUAGUUUUAAACACUGAUUUUCUAGAGCCACAAUGUGUCAUUAAGAAGAACCUUAAAGUUUUUCCAACAUUGUAAUAAAGAGUUUACAACUUAGCAGUUGUCUGAUCAGGCUUAAUUUUGGAUGUUUAGUGUAAAAGCUUAUUGUUUUUUGAGUAUUGUGUGGAAAUUUUACUAAUUGGGCCUGUGUGGGGUGGGAGAAGUGACACGAAGAGAAUAUUGACAUUUUGCUAUUAACUCAUCAUGAAAUAAACUUAAGUUGACUUUCCCUUGAAUGCAUUUUACAUGAAUAAAACUAUGAAAAAUAAACUUACUUAUAUGUAGCCUAAUUAUGAACAAAAUAAUAUUCCAACAAUACACACUGUGCUUUUAAGGCCUUACGUAGUUUAAUUGUUCUGCUUGUUUUUGUGAUUGAGACUAUUGUAUACUUAAAUGUAGCUUUGAGUAUUGUGAAAACUUGGAUUAAGAUGUGUUGAUUCCCAGUAAACAAUAUUCCACAAA